AUGUCCGAUGGUCCACAAUCAUUAAUUGGCAAGAAAUAUCCUGCCAAACAACAUGCAAAAAAUGUGUAUGAUCAUCUCAUAAAGAAGAACUCAUCCAAGGCUAAAGAUUCAGUAUUCUUCAUCAGUGGGGAAGAUUAUGAACUUUACAAAUAUUGUGAUCAAACUAAACCAAUUAGACAAAAUAGAUACUUUUAUUAUUUAUCAGGAUGUAAUAUUCCUGGAUCUCAUGUUGUUUACAAUUCCACCAAAGAAGUUCUUACUCUUUAUUUACCAAAUAUCGAUAAAGAAGAUAUCAUGUGGUCCGGUUUACCAUUAUCAUUAGAAGAUGCUCAAAAGAAAUUCGAUGUUGAUGAAGUUAAAUAUGUUGCAGAACUUGAACAAGAUUUAAAACAAUUUGGAAGAAAAGCAUUCACAACUGAUGUUAAUCAAUUUAAUAAUAAAUAUCAAGAAUUUUUGAUUGAAAGUGAUGAAGAUUUCUUUUAUGCCCUUGAUGAAUCUCGUCUUAUCAAAGAUUCUUAUGAAAUUGAAUUAAUGAAACAUGCUGCUAAGAUUACUGAUAAUUGUCAUUUUGCAGUUAUGUCAGCCUUACCUAUUGAAACUCAAGAAACUCAUAUUCAUGCCGAAUUUAUGUAUCAUGCUUUAAGACAAGGAGCAAAGAAUCAAAGUUAUGAUCCAAUUUGUUGUAGUGGAGAAACUUGUUCUACUUUACAUUGGGUUAAGAAUGAUGGUGAUAUUACUCCUGAUAAAAAAUCUGUAUUGAUUGAUGCAGGUGCCGAAUGGGAAUGUUAUGCCAGUGAUGUGACUAGAUGUUUCCCAAUCAAUGGUGAUUGGACUAAAGAACAUUUAGAUAUUUAUAAUCUUGUAUUAAAGAUGCAAACUGCUGCUUAUGAAUUAAUGAAACCAGGAGCAAAUUGGGAAGAUCUUCAUUUGAAAGCUCAUCAAGUAUUAAUUGAAGGAUUUCUUGAAUUAGGUAUUUUCAAAUCUGAAUAUUCUGCGAAAGAAUUAUUUGAAGCAAAAGCUUCUUCUCGUUUCUUCCCUCAUGGUUUAGGUCAUUUAUUAGGUAUGGAUACUCAUGAUGUUGGUGGAUAUGCUAAUUAUUCUGACCCAGAUCCUUUAUUAUGUUAUUUAAGAAUCAGAAGAAAAUUGGAACCAGGUAUGGUUGUUACCAAUGAACCAGGAUGUUAUUUCUCUCCAUUCUUAUUAGAAGAUGUAUUAAACAACCCAGAAAAGGCAAAGUAUAUUAACAAAGAUGUAUUGGAUAAAUAUUGGUACGUUGGAGGUGUAAGAAUUGAAGAUGAUGUUUUAAUUACUGAGAAUGGAUAUGAAAUAUUUACAGAAAUUACCAAGAAUCCUCAAGAGAUUAGUAAGAUUGUUAAGGCAGGUCUUGCUAAGGGUACCGAAGGUUUCCAUAAUGUUAUUUAA